AGGUGAAGCAGAAUGGCACAGGUUCAAACGCCAAAACCACACAAAACCGAAUUACACACCACAGAGCAACUGAUGAUGUUUUUUAUGAAACUGGAUAAGAAUAACGAUGGCGUUGUGGAUCGAAACGAAUUGUUGGAUUUCUGCCAGAAGAAUAGGGUUCCUCAAAGCGCUGUUUCUGAGUGGAUGUCACGAUUCGAUACAGACAAUGAUGGCAAAAUCACAUUGAACGAAUACUGCAGAGGCCUUGGAUUGAAGCGCGAAGAUGUGAUCAAAGAGAAAACCGAAAUACGCAGCCAACAAGAGCGACAAGAUUUUGGCGAGGUUCUUACUUUUCCUGACAUUGAAGUAUUGCACACUUCAAUGACUUGGGCCAAGCAGGAAGACAUUGUAAACAAGUACAAAGCAUUGGUAGGGUCGGGCGAACCGACGGAAGAGAAAAUGAACCAGGUUGUGGAUGGCCUGCAGAACUACAUGAACGACAAAUACGGAAAAGUUUGGCAAUGUGUUAUUCUGACUGGCUCAUUCUGGAUGCGAUUCAGCUACGAACCGUUCAUGUCUAUCCAGUUCAGACACAAGAACAAGUUUGUCGUACUGGCCUGGCGUACGAACCGGACGAGAAAAGAAGUGGCAUAUGACCAAAUUCAAAAAUGUGGAUCUCGUACGUGGAAGCACUUAAAAAAACAAUGCGAUGUCAAAAACAUACCGAAUAAUAUUCCUGAGAAGUACGAGGGCGUAGAAACAAUGGGUGAACAAGGAUCGGACAUGGAAAAAAUGAUUGAAAUGUUUUUGGGAAUGGACAAAAACGAUGACGGAUUCGUGGAUUUAGGUGAACUGCGAACCGCCUGUCAGGAGAAGAAGUUGGAUAUGAAGCAAGUGAAUGGUUGGUUGUCAAGAUACGAUACAAACAAAGAUGGAAAAAUCAGCUUGGAUGAGUUUUGCGAUGGUCUUGGACUUGGAAAGCAAGAAAUGAUUGUGGAGAAGGAGGAACGCGAUAUUUCAAACACCAAGAUUUGUCCAACUAUCGCUCACGAGAUCAAACCACUGGACACAACAAUGUCUGUAGCCAAACAAGCUCACAUUACAGACAAAUUUAUUGAGUUGGCCAAGGAAGUGUCCAGUGAUCCACAUAAGAUGAACCAAGUGGCCGCGAAGAUGAAGCGCUUCUUGGAUGAACAGUAUGGGAGAGUGUGGCAGGUAAUCGUGUUGGCUGGAAGUUACUGGAUCAAUUACUCUCACGCUCCUUUCCUAUCGAUGCAAUUCCAAUAUGGACCGUACAUUUGUAUUGUAUGGCGUACCACCAUCAACUAAUACGGAUUUGACCCACGGCGUAUUCGUGAACAUGACCAAAUCUAUCCACUAAUAUUUCUCAAGAAACACUCUUGCACAGUCUAUAGUGCCACUUCUGUCUUAGUGCCCAAGCAGUAAUGCGAAUAUGAGUAAAACAAGUAUGCCUGUAAUUAUGUGUCAAAGCAUUUCAAUAUAUUCGCUAUGUUCAUUCCACGCUUCAACUGUGGUGUAAUUACGCUUGAAUGAGUACACCAAAUGGAGAGCAGUUGAUCAUGUUUUCGAAUUUUGCAGUCCUCGGAUGUAGCAUAAUUCUUCAAUAGCCAUAGGUGUUAAAACCCGUUAAUCUGUGACCAGCUCAAAUGAACUGUGCUUCUUCUCUAGGGGUUGCCAUACUUUCUGAGAACAAAAGCAAAAUGAUAUCCAUUUUCUCCGCGUGUAAAGCAACAG